AUGGAUACGGCUCUAGAAACACAAUCUCUCGCACGAAAAGAUCGACUAGCAAAGCUUCGCAGCCUCAAGCGAAAGCAGGAACAUGAUGUUAGUUCCGAAACUGCAAGGGACACCGAGGCUAGUGAAGCAUCGACGGUCGUUCUUUCUGGCAGAAACUACGACGUCCAGACUAAAGCCCCUAGGUUCGGCUUCGAUACUGCACCUUCGGAUAACCAAGUAACUCUAGAGUCCCAAGCGGAGAGCAUAGCUGCUGAAGCUAGGAUUACAAUUAAAGGCGAAGAAGAGACGAGCCUGUCAAUCGACCUCCUCUCCCUGCAGCCAAAGAAACCCAAUUGGGACUUAAAGCGUGAUGUUGAUCAGAAACUCUCGCGAUUGGAUCUGAUGACGAACAAUGCGAUAGCUAGAAUUCUUCACUCUAGCAUCUUGCAGGCGAAAACUGCAGCUGCCCACAAUAAUGAGAACCUGGCUGAACUUGUAAAGCAAAGGGAAAAUGAGGAAGCUGGUCUUGCUGGGAGUGAUCUUGCGUGA